CAAACAAGAUUCCUGCUGCUUUUAUUUUUGGAGACUCUUUAGUCGACGCAGGUAAUAACAAGUUAACAACUACAUCGUGUCACUCUCCAAGGCUAAUUAUGUACCAAAUGGGAUUGAUCUUGGAGGACCAACCGGACGAUUCACUAAUGGAAGAACAGCAGUAGAUAUCAUAAGUCAGGAAUUGGGUUUUAAAAGUUUUCCUCCUCUUUACUUGGCCCCUACCACGAAAGGACCUGUGGUUCUUCAGGGUGUCAACUAUGCUUCCGGUGCAGGUGGAAUUCUUAACAAAACUGGGGAGGUCUUUGGUGGUCGAAUCAACCUGAAUGCACAGAUAGAUAACUUUGCAAAUACCAGACAAGAUAUAAUCUCCAGUAUAGGUGCUUCUGCAGCCAUGAAGUUGUUUGAAAGUUCUUUAUUCUCGGUUACAAUUGGCUCGAAUGAUUUUAUCAACAACUACUUGACACCAAUACUCUCAGAACCUGAACAACAGAUGGUUUCACCGGAACUGUUUGUUGCCACCAUGAUUACAAGAUUCAGGCAACAGCUUUCUAGACUUUACAGUUUGGGAGCUAGGAAGAUGGUUGUAACAAACGUCGGUCCAGUUGGGUGCAUACUGCAUACCAUAUGAGAGAGACACUAACCCAGGCGCAGGGGAAAACUGUGUUAGUUCUGCAAAUCACAUGGUUCAAUUAUACAACUCCGAGUUGAGAAACCUUCUUGAUGAGCUUAGGACGAGUCUGAAUGGAUCAGUUUUGAUCUAUGCUGAUACUUAUCGCAUAGUAAAUGACAUCUUACAGAAUUCCAAAUCAUAUGGUUUUGUGAAUGCAAAUUCUGCAUGUUGCUCUUUGGGAGGGCGACAUGGUGGCCUGGUUCCAUGUGGUCCGUUAUCUAAAGUCUGUCCUGAUAGAUCCAAGUAUGUGUUCUGGGAUGCAUACCAUCCUUCUGAAGCUGCUAAUAUCAUACUAGCAAAACGUCUGAUGGAUGGAAACUCCGAUUAUAUUUCUGCGAUCAAUAUCCGGCAGCUUGCUCAACUUUAAUCGACUGACCAAAAAUGAAAUGGAACUGGAAUGUUACUAUUAGGAAUGAUAUAAUAAUGACUUUCAGUUUUGUAAUGCAGAUUGUAUUGAACGGGAAAUUAAGAAUUAUUGGAUGG